AAUGUCCGCUGUCGGGUCCACGGUUCUGUCUGUUAUCCCGACAGCACCUAAAGGCACCAUUAGUCUCUACUAUUUACCGUAGCCAUCCAGCUGUUGCUAGCUUUACCAAACAGAGGAUUUGUCGCAGUUGCGUUAGAAAGGACAAUAUUAAUUGAUGGCGUGUGGACGAAUGACUUUAUCCAAGAUAGCAAUGCGUUUGAUUUAUUGAAUUUCAAAGGCUAGAGUUAGCUAGCACCAAGAAAUCCACUUGGUAGCCUCCUGCUCUGCGUUUGAAAAUGGACAAGUUUGUGGUGCGGCUUGCAAAGGGGGAGACACCUACAAAAUCGAAGAGCAAAGAAAGGGUCUACAAACAGACGACCAUUGAAUCUUUACGGAGGGUGGUUGUGAUUGAGGACAUCGUGCGCUACAAGUCCAUGCUGGAGCUGCCGGAGCAGGGCAAGGACAACCUGCUGACUGCGCUGACCGAGCUGAGCAAGAAGAUCCCAUCCAGGGAGGUGCUCAAGUCCACAAAGAUAGGUCACACUGUCAACAAAAUGCGAAAGCAUCUUGACCCCGAGGUGAGUUCAAUGGCAGCAAAGGUUUACACUGACUGGAGGACAUUCAUCGAGGAGAAUUCCAAUAAGCCGUCUAUUGAAGUACGCUCCGACAAACAAUCCGAAGGACUGAGGCGCAACGCUAGAAGACUAAUGUCUGAAGCCCUGGAUGUCAAGGAGGAUUCAGGGAUUCUAGACAUCAUUGAGAGAGAGGUGUUUCACCAGAGCUCCCGGUUAGUCAGCAGUUCAUACAGACGGACUGUUAGAGCGCUGGUUUUUGCCUUCAAACACAACCCCGAGAUCAGAGCUCAAGUGAAGGACAACACAAUACCGGUCAAUCAGCUGGUUUGUAAAUACAAGAAAUAAGUGAAGAUGAAUAAGGCUUAGCCUCUGCAUAUUGAAGACUUCUGGUAUACAUGAAAUUUGCCAAGGGUUUUGAUGCAUACACAUUUUUCUUUUAAUUUUCUUGAUUUUCUGUAAAGGAGAUAGAAAAAACUUUUACAUUUUUGGUAACAUCCGUAGCCGUAAACUGUUGUUUAACUGCACGUGGUUCAAGGUCAAGAAUGUAAAAUGUAUUGUUGGUGGUAAUGAUAAUGCUGCUGUUCUUUUGUGCUGGAAUCAUGUACAGAUUUUUUUGUUGAUAGAUGCUUUGUUUUUAUACUGUUGGUGAACAUUUUUAUACAAAAUAUGAUUCAGCAUUGGAGUCCUUUCUUUGUUGUAUUAAAAUAUACACACGGUAUAUAUUACUAUAGCAACACCAGCCAAAUAAUAGCUAUCACCAUGAGGAUAACAGCCAGAACACAGAUGCUAAUGAAGACAAUAUCGCUCAAAUCAUGUGGCUCAGCUUCCUGCUUCCCUGCAUUGCCGCCACUGUCAUUGUCAUCUUGCUGUGCCUGUUCCUCGAGACGACGCUCCUCUGCUGAAAUGAUGGACACUGAUGCUAUCUUCCGCAGGGCAUCGCACUGCACCUUAUAUUCUUGCACAUUCUGCUGCUUCCCAUCAGAGAAAUCAAUGUAGAGUUUGUUUACCAGCAUGGUGAUGUUCCGAUGUUUCUGUAAGGGAAGAGGAGUGAACAGUAUUGAUAGAACCAAGGCACAAAUGUCUGACACAAAUCAAUGUCUUUAACAGCUACUGUAUAGUAAAUCAUUGCUUAUUAUGGUGUAACAGUAAGUGACAUGAGAUUGUGGCUAGUCACCUGGCUAGCAGUACCACAGUUGACAAACUGAGCAAGGAUCUUAUACGAGGUGGCCGUUAACUGGGCAGCACAGGUUGGGUUUCCCAGGUAGAUGCUCUCACGGUCCAGCUGAGGUAAGGACUGCUGGGGUAUCAGAAUGGUGAAUUCUGAUCUUGUGCAGCUAACGUUUACAGGUACAACUUGGAUUAGGAGAAAAAAAGACAGUUCACUUUUCUUUAAGAGCAACAUGGAAGAAUGACAUGGGAAAGAUGUGUUUGUAGAGAUGAGCAUUUAGCAUUCUAGUCAACCAAGAUUAUACUUAGCUGAGAUUUAGACUGCAAACACUGUAAGCAGAAGUGAAUGCAUGACUCAAAUCUACAGCACCCACAGAAAAGUAGACUUAGCCAUCCUGUAGAUUAUAAAUGUGAUUUUGGAAAUGAAUCAGAUGCCUACAUACGGAACAUUUACCUCCAAGAUAAGAUGCAGUGAACCCUCUAUGAGCCUCAUUUCUGUCUGUGCUAAGUACCACCAGCAACAUGUUACCCUUUGAGAUGAGAGAGGGAGGUUGCUCUCUGCCACACCAGCGUCCCAGCAGGGUGUCUGUCUGACGGCCCCCGUCAUAAACUGCAACUGAGUCAUAGUCACACUCGUCUGACAUACUGUUGCGGUCCUCCAAGUCCAUCACAGGGAAGACGAGUUUGAUGCGGUAUCCAGCUGCAAGAGUGAUGCUCCAGUGGCAGUUGAUGUUGUUUGGGUAGAUGCUGGGGAAAUGUGGGCUGCUAAAGUUGCCACUUACAGCUGACAGGACUCGCUGGCAUUCCCCUGUUAAAAGUACAGUUGAUCAUAUAAGUUAGUCAACUUUAUUUAUGAUAUUAGUCUGCUACGGUGUGUGUUCAGUUCAGUGCCGUUCUUGCCAAUAGAUGAGAAGAUCAAUACCACGUACAGUAAAUGUGAGCCUACAGACACCAUCCAGUUAGUUUAGCUUAGCACAAUGACUGGAAAUGGAAGAAACAGCUCACCCAGUCACUGAGCCUGGCCAAUAUAUAGUGAAAUGGCAUACAGUUUUAUUUUUUUAAUACUUCAAUACUUUUUUAACACUACGGAUUAAACAAAGAAGACAUAAUUUACAACUGGAUUCAAGUCUGGGUUUUGGUUAGACCACUCAAGGGCUUGUACAGUACAUUCUUGCCUGCGGUAGGGAUGGUCUGAGACAGGUGAUGAGCUGUUCUGGUUUCUGUCAAAGAUAGUACUCUGCAUUCUAGCAGAGGUGGUCAAUUUUCAUUUCAUUUCAUCAGAUGACAGUCUUUCAUAUGCCGAAUUUCAAACUUUCAGUACGAUGUAAUGUGUUUUUUUUCUUCUUGCCACUAACACCAGCCUAAUCAGAUCUCAUUGUUCCCUCUCGCUAGAUUCAAAUGAGUUUUUUCUCAGCAAUUUUAUACUGUUCUGCAGAUCUUUAGCUCUUUAUUCUGGAUGCAUCCUUGGAUUUCACGGUAGAUUUGCUGCUCUGAAUGGGUGAAUGAAUAGGAUUUUUGUGAA